UUGGUCGUCGAGCAGCCCAUACGUGGAGGCUAGAGCUAUAGGUCUAUGGCGGAGAACAAGCGCCAGGUUUCAGUAAAGGGCUCUGCGCAGAAACAAUCUGGUAACGCAGUAGGCCCCGGAAUGGCGACACCCAUAGUGCCCUUGGAGGCAGCACUGAGCGGGGCGAUCGGUGCCCGCGUGCGUAUUACGACCGCGCAGCCAAUCCAAUCGACUUUCGAAGGUACACUGUUCACAGCAUGCCCGAUCACCAACCUCGUGGCCAUCAACACGGCCCCCGCGACCAACCCCGGUGAUGCCAAACAGGCACAGAACGGCGACUACCGCGUGAUCCCCAUCUCGCGCAUCCAGAACUUCCAGCUCCUCGCCCUCGCCCCGCCCUCGAACUCCACCUCGUCUUCGUUCGCGGACGCACAGCCCACAAUCCAGGCACUCGACACCCGUGCGCUCAAGGCCCGCGAGUCGAAGGCCGUCGGUGAAGCGCUUGACCGUGAGGCGCGUCGUGGCAAGGGCGUCACGACUCAGGCACAGGACUUAUUCGAUGCUUUCAGCCGCACUAUGCCCGCGCGAUGGAACGGCCACAACAUUAUCGUCGCCGAUGCUGUGACAAUCGCCGCUCCUUACCGCGUUGAUGAUUGUCGUUCGAUCGUGGAGGGUGAUACCGCUGCUCUUGCUCGAGUGCGCAAGGUGCUCGAGAUGGAGCGCAAGAAGAUCGAGCUUCGCAAUGCCAGUGCUACUAUCGGCUCGACUAGCACCUUCUCCCGCCAUCACAAUGUCCCUAACGAUCAGCGUAAGGGUGGAUAA